AUCCUUUGUGCAACCGAAAAGCUGGAGCUGCCAUCGAUCUCGCAGGUCCACACCCGCGGCCCUGCUGAUACCCCUUGGUAUAACCAACACGCGGCGGAACGGCCAUUGUUGUCAGGCGAUCGAUUGCCCGCGCUCAGUUUGCCGACCGCCACCCAGGCUCCGACCCGUACCCUCACCUCCUCCUUUUAUCCCGACGAUCGUGGCUCGACUGGUACCUCAAGUGCCCGAACCAGUUUGUCUGGUGCCUCCACCGCUCAGGACCCCCGAAGCCCACCGCCAUCUGCAGACAUUGCCCAGGGUCGGUUGUCGUUGGACUCUGAGUACACCAUUGCAUCCUCCGACGGAUAUUAUCCCAGCCCGACUUCUCUCGGCAGCAUGAACCACUCUCAGCCUUACAUGGACGUCCAUUCGCACAUGUCUUCGGCCCAACCAUACCCAUCCCAAGCUGCUACCUCCGGCACCAUGUCGCACUAUCCCUACCAGCAUCAGCCUCCGGUCCUGCAACCGGCAUCGACCUACGCCCCCGUCACCUAUCAGCAAUAUGCGUAUCCCAAUUCGGUGACCUCGCCGCCAUCGGCCCAUGCUCCCCCAGCGAGUUCUCUCAGUGGCCAGAUGCCGACGCAGUUGUUACCCCUUCCCCAAGUGAGUGCCACAAGUAACCAUUCCAGUGCCGCACCGUCAGGAUAUGGCAAUACCACUGGUUCCCCCAUGCAAGGGUUUGUGUACGAUCCAUCGGGUCAAGUGGCGCCACCCGGCGCGAAACCAAGGGUCACGGCAACUCUUUGGGAAGAUGAGGGGAGUCUCUGCUACCAGGUGGAGGCCAAAGGUGUUUGUGUGGCUCGACGAGAGGACAACCACAUGAUCAAUGGAACCAAAUUAUUGAACGUCGCCGGUAUGACCCGCGGUCGUCGUGAUGGGAUACUCAAGAGCGAGAAACUGCGCCAUGUCGUCAAGAUUGGUCCGAUGCAUUUGAAGGGCGUUUGGAUUCCAUUCGAGCGGGCUCUGGAUUUUGCAAACAAGGAGAAGAUCACGGAUCUGUUGUAUCCCCUCUUCGUGCAUAACAUUGGAGGCCUAUUGUACCACCCGGCCAACCAAAACCGAACUCAGUUGGUGGUCCAAGAAUCGCAGCACCGACGCAUGGAGGGACCGUCCUCUGGGCCGCAGCGUACGACACCAACUGCCCCUCAGCAUUCCAACCUUCAUCAUCAGGCUCUGCAGACCCCAAUGUCUUCGCACAUGCCUCAGCCGUCUUCAGUAGGAGGAGGAUCUCGUCCGGGUCUGGAACGUGCCAACACCUUUCCUACGCCCCCCGCCAGUGCUUCUAGCCUGAUGGGAGUCACCAACCAAAACAGCUCCUAUGAAUGGGGUGGCUCUGUGCCACACUCCCAGCCCCUUUCGAUCGAUACCACCUUGAGUAAUCAGCGAUCCAUGCCGACGACCCCUGCGACUACGCCGCCUGGAAACAACAUGCACAGCAUGCCGCCCUAUCAAGCUCAAUCGGGGUAUGAAAGCAAGCCCUACUAUUCCGCUGCCCCGCAGUCACACUCGCAGUACGCUCCGCAGACGCCCAUGACACAGUCGGGCAUCUCCAGCUACGGUCAAUCUCUUCCGACUAUGAACAGCUACUUAAAAAGUGAAAUGGCGCCCCCCACCGGUCGCACUGGUGAUCACGAAUCUUCCGAUCUUAAGAAUCACCGUUACACCCAAGGAAGCGCUUCAGACCGCUAUGGCCAGGAUGCGUCCGACGAGUCGGUGCAAGACCAAGAAUCGGAAUACCUGCAGGAUCAAGGGUCUAGUUACAACAACCGCGGCGCCUACACGUACACUGCCAACACGUCUGGAUCUGCGCUUGGUGGUGAGCAUGCCCAGCUGACUCCCGAAAUGACCGGAUCUCCCCAGCAAAACGGCUCGGGUCGCAUGACUCCCCGAACCAGUAUCAGCGGGCCGGCCCCGCACUGGGCUUCCGGAUACAACACCCCUCCGCGUCCCCCACUGGCUCCAUCGCUGUACAACGCCGUGAGCGACACGCGUGGUACCCCGGCGAAUGGAGGUUCUGACCCGUACUCGAUGCCAUCGACCUCCAACCCUGUCUAUCCGACCACAAUGAAUGGCAGUAUGGGAUCGGGCAACAAGCGUAUGCGUGACGAUGAUGAUGUGAUUCGAGCCGAUCCUGCCGGCGAGUUUGAAAGCAAGCGGCGCAAGACCAUCACUGAGAAUCCCCUCGGAGGUCCACUCGGUGGUGCACCUCUUCUGCAGCCCAUGAAGACUGGUGGACCCAUGGCUCGUCGUCGAUGA